CCUCACCGGCGCGUCAACGGACAACUAUUCAACAUUCCCAUUGUUUUCAAUGUUUUCAAGAAGCUGCCUCUUGUUUUAUUACAUUAUAUUUAUUUAACUUCCUCAUCUUGGUAACUUUAUGCUUUAUCAUGUGAUUGCCACCGCGCCCUCCGGAUCAUUUUGUCACACUAGGUGAUUUGGACCUGAAAUGGGAGGUUUAACGGUUUCUUUGCUGGUGUCGAUGCUGUUGAUCGGCACCAGCACAGCAAAAUACGAACCGAACUGGAAAUCCAUCGACUCCAGACCGCUACCAGAGUGGUACGACCAGGCCAAGUUUGGUAUCUUUAUACACUGGGGGGUCUUCUCUGUCCCGAGCUUCGGCAGCGAGUGGUUCUGGUGGUACUGGCAGAAGCAAAAACUAAAGCCGUAUGUUGACUUUAUGCAGAGGAAUUAUCCUCCAGACUUCAAGUAUCAAGAUUUUGCACAGCAGUUCACUGCGGAGUUCUUCGAUGCCAAAGAAUGGACGGACAUCUUCGCCUCAUCAGGAGCCAAGUACAUCGUCCUGACCACAAAACAUCAUGAAGGUUUCACACUAUGGGGCUCCAAAAACUCCUGGAACUGGAACGCAGUGGAUGUUGGACCAAAAAGAGACCUGGUAGAUGAAGUGGCGAGUGCUCUCCGUGCUCACAGUGACCUGCGUUUAGGACUUUAUCACUCUCUCUUUGAGUGGUAUAAUCCGCUUUUUGAACAGGACACUGCCAAUGUCUUCACUACAAACUAUUUUCCUGCCAGUAAAACUCUUCCUGAGCUUUAUGAGCUCAUUGUUAAGUACAAACCAGAGGUGCUGUGGUCUGAUGGGGACGGAGACGCCCCUGACAAGUACUGGAACAGCACAGGUUUCUUAGCCUGGCUCUAUAAUGACAGUCCUGUACGAGACACAGUGGUGACAAAUGAUCGCUGGGGCUCUGGCUCCAUCUGCACCCAUGGUGGAUAUUACACCUGUGCUGAUCGCUACCAGCCAGGACACCUGCUCAAACACAAAUGGGAAAACUGCAUGACCAUCGACACAAAGUCCUGGGGUUACAGACGUAAUGCUCCUCUCAGUGACUACCUCACAACUGAGCAGCUUGUAGCGACAUUGGCGGAGACUGUGUCCUGUGGGGGUAACCUGCUGAUGAACAUCGGUCCAACACACGAUGGGAGGAUCGCCCCCAUCUUUGAGGAGCGUCUGAGGCAGAUGGGUCAGUGGCUGGAGGUCAAUGGGGAGGCCAUCUACAACACAACCGCAUGGCGGGCUCAGAAUGACACGGUCACUCCCAACGUAUGGUACACUUUCAGACCACAGGAAAAGAGCAUCUUUGCCGUUUUGCUGAAGUGGCCCAAUAAUGGAUCAAUGAUUCUGAGUGAACCUGUGGUUACACAAGGGCAGACUCAGGUAGUGCUUCUCGGUCACGGGUCUCUGCAGUGGGAGCCUGUAAAGCCCAGUGGACUGCGGGUUCUCCUGCCCCAGCUGUCCUUCAGCCAGAUGCCAUGCCAGUGGGCCUGGACACUGAAACUGACAGGUGCCACCUAAAGGGAAACCAGAUCACGUGAGGAGGAACAGACAAAGCUGCAAGCUAGAGAGAAAGACCCAGCGAUUAAUAUGUUUAAAUAACGGAACACAACCCAUAAAAUGCACUGGACUGUCUGUGACAUGCACUUUUACAAUAUGGUAAAAGGGUGUUUUUGAAGUACAUAUGCUGGGAGUAAACAUUCAUCAAAUCACUGUUGUUUUUGUAUUGGUUAAUUAUUAGGAUUAAAGCCUUAUGUUCAA